AAAAGUGAAUCACUCCUUAUUUUCCGUUGCUACAAAGUAGACAUGCUUCAGUGGUAGGUAGGACACGAUUCCAACUGCUUGGAGUGUCGCUCGUCUCUGCUUACUCUAAACGCCAAUAACGACUAACGGACUACCUCUUCCUCGGACCAUCCAUCAAUGAACUCCGCAACUCAACCCAUUUCCCACCUCCUCUCCCCUCACAACACCCCUGAUCUUCUUGAUUCUGUCGACGCUUUUCUCUUCGAUUGCGAUGGUGUUAUCUGGAAGGGUGAAUCGCUCAUCGAUGGCGUCCCCCAGACACUUGACUUCCUUCGCUCAAAGGGAAAAAAGCUGGUUUUCGUUACCAACAAUUCCACAAAAUCGAGAAGGCAAUACGCCAAGAAGUUCCAUUCCCUCGGCAUUUCAGUAACUGAGGAUGAGAUUUUCUCUUCCUCAUUUGCUGCUGCUAUGUUCUUGAAGGUCAACAAGUUUCCCCAAGAUAAAAAGGUUUAUGUUAUAGGCGAGGAAGGGAUAUUAGAAGAGCUCCAACUAGCUGGGUUUACAGGUCUUGGUGGCCCGGAAGAUGGUCAAAAGACAGCAGAAUGGAAGCCAAAUUGUCUGUUUGAACACGAUAAGAGUGUUGGAGCGGUUGUGGUUGGACUAGACCCACAUAUUAACUAUUACAAGCUUCAAUAUGGAACUCUUUGCAUACGCGAGAACCCUGGGUGCUUGUUCAUUGCUACCAACCGAGAUGCAGUUGGCCACAUGACUAAUUUACAAGAGUGGCCAGGUGCUGGGUGCAUGGUUGCCGCCAUCUGUGGAUCAACUCAGAAAGAGCCCAUUGUAGUUGGAAAACCAUCCACUUUUAUGAUGGAAUUUUUACUUAAAAAAUUCAAUCUCAGUUGCUCCAGAAUGUGUAUGGUGGGUGACAGAUUAGACACUGAUAUUUUGUUUGGACAAAAUACUGGCUGUAGAACUCUCCUUGUUAUCUCAGGUUGUACAACUUUGCCCGAUCUUCUAGACCCGUCUAAUAAAAUCCAACCAGAUUACUAUACAAGCAAGGUGACCGACAUUUUUGAGUUGAUGAGACCAUAAUCUAAUGACCGGGUAUUUGGCAAUUCUUAAGGCCAAUAUGGAAAGGCCUUUUAAGAAAUUUGACAUUCUUUCAAUAAAUAUUUGGAACUGUGGCGUAGGGCAUAUUGAGAAGUUGUCUACUCUACUCAUGUUGAUCAUUAACAGAUUGAAAACUUGCCUUUUAGAUUCAAAAAGUUCAUUAGUUUCUUGAAUAUGAGUUUUGAUG